GGGACACCGACCUGAUGGGAUUUCAGGAAGUUGCAGAUGAGUCCCCCAUGUCCACGGCAACACCAGCUAGCAAAAACACGGCACUGCAGGAGGAACUGGCAACAUGAGCUGGAGCUUCUUGACACGACUGUUAGAAGAAAUCCACAAUCACUCCACAUUUGUUGGAAAAAUCUGGCUGACGGUUCUCAUAGUCUUCCGAAUUGUUCUGACUGUCGUCGGAGGGGAAUCCAUUUAUUACGAUGAACAGUCAAAGUUCGAGUGCAACACAGAUCAGCCAGGCUGCGAGAAUGUGUGCUACGAUGCCUUCGCCCCCCUUUCCCAUGUACGUUUUUGGGUAUUUCAGAUUAUCUUGGUGGCCACCCCACCACUUUUGUAUUUGGGUUAUGCAAUUCACAAAAUCGCCAAAAUGGAGGAACGCUUUGAGUACGAUAAGAAGGCAAGGUUCAGAGCCAUGCCCAAGCGCUGGAAGCAGAAUCGGGCUGUAGAGGAGGUAGAAGAAGAACAUGAAGAAGACCCCAUGAUGUACCCAGGGACUGAGCAGGGUAGUGACAGAGGGAACCACGGCCAUGUCAAGAUUAAGCAUGAUGGUCGAAGGCGGAUUCGGGCUGAUGGAUUGUUGAGGAUUUAUGUCCUGCAGCUGAUUGUCAGGACGGUUUUUGAGGUAGGGUUUUUGGCUGGUCAGUAUUUCCUUUAUGGCUUUGAAGUUAUCAGGAGAUACGAGUGUGAGAAAGACCCUUGUCCACACACAGUGGACUGCUUUAUAUCCCGACCUACUGAAAAGACCAUCUUCCUGUUAAUAAUGUAUGGCGUCAGCUGCUUGUGCCUUCUCCUGAACAUAUGGGAGAUGCUUCACCUUGGCUUUGGGACUAUACGGGACGCACUUAACAACAGGGGGAAGCAAGUGGACGAUUCUUCUUCCUCUACCUAUCCUUUCUCAUGGAACACUCCUUCAGCUCCACCUGGAUACAACAUUGCUGUGAAACCAGACCAAAUCCAUUAUACAGAACUGACCAAUGCCAAAAUGGCUUACAAGCAGAACAGGGCCAACAUAGCUCAGGAGCAACAAUACAGGACAAGUGAGGACACUCUCCCCGCUGACCUAGAACACCUUCAUCAGGAAGUGCGCAUGGCACAAGAACGCUUGCAAACUGCCAUUCACGCUUACUCAACUCAGAGCAACCCACCUUCCACCAAAGAGAAGCGAUCCAAAAAAGGGUCUAACAAGAGCAGCGUCAGCAGCCGGUCCGGAGACGGAAAGACCUCUGUGUGGAUUUAAACCUGCUGUAGCAGAAAGUUGUGACUCCUUGUCUCCGGGAGGAACAUAAGGCAGAGUGAUGGCUUCCAUUCGUGUAAAUAUUUUGGUUCUCUUAACGUUGUAGAAGCACAGACUGCACAGCCUGGAUACAAGAAGAAAAAAAGAAACAUCCUAUGGAUUCUGCUGCCUGGUCCUUUAUUUCUCUUGUAUCAUGAGACUUUAUUACUGUGACCUGCAGUAUGUCAGGCUGUUCUUUUAUAUCUAAUGUUCAAACAUUGCAAUUAUUAUGACAAUCCUGUUUUGUUAAAUGCUAAACUUUUUAUACAGUUAAUUUUUAUGAGUUUUUUCAUUCAGGAAAUGUGUAGAGUUGCUU